ACCUCACUCGUUUCGUUCCCCAAUCUCCUCCUACCCGCGGCGGACCGGCGGCGAAGCGCGGAAGCCGGAAGGCCAGCACCGCGGCAGGCAAGAGACGGUGCUGCGCGAAGCAGCGGAGCCAGCGAACAGGCUCAGGAUCCGGGUGUUUCGUGCGAUGGGCGGCGACAGAGGCACAGAGGAAGAGCUGACGGCACAGGAGACAGCACUCUAUGACCGUCAGAUCCGCGUCUGGGGUGUUGAUGCUCAGAAGAGGCUAAGUAAAGCACAUGUGCUUGUGUGCGGCGUGAACGGUACUACUAUUGAGUUCUGCAAGAAUAUUGUUCUAGCAGGAGUUGGCAGUUUAUCCUUGAUGGAUGAUCACAUAGUCACUGAGGAUGAUCUCAGUGCAAACUUCCUAAUUCCUCAUGAUGUAUGUAUGCAUGGUGUUAGCUCACGAGCUGAGGCUUGCUGCGAGUCCUUGAAAGAUUUCAAUCCAAUGGUCCGAGUUGCUGUCGCAAUAGGUGAUCCAUCACUAAUUGAUGAAGGAUUCGUUGACAGGUUCGACAUUAUUGUAGUUAGCUGUGCAUCUCUUAAAACAAAGUUGUUCAUUAAUGACAACUGCCGGAAGAGAAGCAAGCAUAUUGCCUUCUACUCUGUAGAGUGCAAGGAUUCUUGUGGUGAAAUAUUUGUUGAUUUGCAGAACCAUAGUUAUCUUCAGAAGAAGCCUGGAGGCGAACCUGAACAGCAGGAGUUGACAUAUGCUAGCCUGCAGGAAGCUAUUUCUGUGCCCUGGAAGAAUCUGCCCAAGAAAACAACUAAAUUGUACUACGCCAUGAGAGUCCUGGAAAGUUAUGAAUUAUCUGAAGGGCGCGAGCCUGGUGAGACAACACUUUCUGAUCUACCUGCAGUUUUGGCUCAGAGGAAGGAUAUGUGUGAUAGAAUGUCUUUAAGUGAGUCUCAAAUUCCUACGGCUCUCCUGGAACGGCUUUUAGCAGCUGGAAAGAAGGAACAUCCUCCUGUAUGUGCAAUCCUUGGUGGCAUUCUUGGUCAGGAGGUGAUUAAGUCAAUAUCUUGUAAGGGCGAUCCAAUCAAGAAUUUCUUUUAUUAUGACGCAGCUGAUGGUAAAGGGAUCAUGGAGGACAUCCCCCCAACUCCCGUAGAGCAAUUCGCGUGAUGCCUAGCUUGCAUUGGUCAUUAAUCGCUGAUUAUUGUACCCAAGCAUUAGAGACGAGCAUGUGACAACUUCUUAUCGUGGCCGAGGCAGAAAACUCAUAUUACCUCCGUCCCAAAAAAUUGUCUAGAUAUGGAUAUAUCUAACACUAAAACGUGACAAUCUAAGACAAGAAUUUUGGGACGGAGGGCGUACCUAACAUUUUGCAUUGGCAACCCAGUAUUGCAUUGAACAGAAUUCACAUUCUCUUGAUCUCCCCUGAACAAUUUUAAAGCUGAAAUCAGCCAGAUUUUCGUUCUCGUUGAAUGAUGAAAUGCUUUAUUUUC